AGCAUAUAAACCAUUUCAACAACAAUCAUGUUACAUGUUAUACCCGAAUAUUAGUAGUACCCUAGCCGCGUAAGGUAAAAUAAUCCUCUUUGAUAAAUCCCUCUUCGUAUUCCCCUUCUUCAAGGUUUCACCAUAAUAACACGAUUCAACAACAAUUCACCGCCUCAAUCUGCAAAUUUCUGCAUAAACACGCUCAGAUUCAUGUAUUCAAUCACUCUCCAACUCUCAUAGAGGAUCAAGGGCUGUAAUGCCGGCUUUGCUGAUGAUAUUGUGUAUAGUUUAACAGUUUAACUGUUUAAGCCAGUGUGAUGAAUAAUCAAGGGAACUAUCAGCAGUACAGGGCGCGGUUGCCACCGCCUCUCUCGUUUCAACAAGCAGGCGCGUCUCCAUAUGUCCAGCCUGUUCCUGGUUCGGGUGCUGGAAGUGGAACGUUGACCUCGAGUCAAUCUUACAUGAGCUGGAGUCAAGGUCAACGUAUGCCACCACCGGUUCCUCCUCCUAACCAGCUUCAAAUUCCGAGAAUUCCACCACCAGGACAACAUUUUUAUAGGGUCCCGCCACCGCUAGCUCCUCCACCGUCUUCAAGCUACUUUACGCCCACUGGUUCUGGGUCAUUCGUACUACCGCUACGGCCACCACCACCACCACCGUCGUCUCCUCCUCCCGGAACUCCACCUCUUCCACCGUCUUCACCCGUUCUUAAUGGCUUUGGUCAUGUUAAUGGUUCUGAAAUGAGUGUGAAAGAGACUUCCAGCUAUAGUUUGUCUGAUGCCCCUCCACCUCCACCUAGAGAUGAGAACACUGUCCGUAAAAUUGAAGUUUUAUGUCAGUAUAUUGCUAAAAAUGGUGAAGGAUUCGAAGAAAUGACACGUAAAAACGAGGUUGGUAAUCCGGAGUUUGAGUUUUUGUUUGGAGGAGCAGCAGGAAGUGAAGCUGCGAUUUCGCAUGAGUAUUUUAAAUGGAUGAAAAUGAAAUGUCGUUCAGAUGGGUUGCUUGAAGGAGGGAAUAAUACGGGUCUGUCUUCAAAACCAUUAGUGGCUGGCACAUCGCAUGAAGACAUAUCUCAUUCCCCUGCUGGUUCUGACAUGGAUAUGGAAGAUGAUAUUACACUUCCAGAAGAGCCAGGUGUCGGUAAAUCAUUUGGGAACGAAAAACACGAAGCUGCUUUUAUAUCCAAUGAUGUUGAUACAAAAGCAGAAAACAUUGCAUGCGAAUCCCCAAGAGCGAUUGAACCGGGGCUCGAUCUCUCUCUCAAUGAUACUCAGCUUGAAAAGACGACGAAGGUUGAUGUUGCAGAUUCUGAAUCAUCUUUAGAUUGCAAAACAGAACAAAACAACGUAAAUUUAUACCAAGAGAUGAACCAAUCAGAGCAAAGCCCGUUUAGACUUAUACAAGGCUAUGCUUCUGACGAUAACUCCGAAAAUGAUAACGACCCACAUUUCGAAAAUGUUAGUCCUGUAGCAGUCACCCCACAAGAAAAUGAACGCACUACACUAUCUGCGCCUGUGGUGGAAGGUUCUUUGGAUAUAGCAUCUAAAGUUUCGGAACCUUCCAUGGAGCCUGAAAAGUUGGAGAACAGAACUGAUGGUGGUACUACCGGUCCUAAAAAUAGUGGGGCCCAGAAGGGAGAUAAUGAUGUUGAGUUAGAAACUGAUGAGUUUGGGAGAGUAGCGAGAAAAGGUGGUAGUGAUAGUGAUAGUGAUUCUGAUGAUUAUUCUACCAGGAGGCGUGUUAAAAGAGGUAGAAGUAGAAGUAGAAGUCAAUCUUAUGAAAGACAAAGAAGUCGAUCUCCUUAUGGGAGGAGGGGAAGAAGUCCACGUAGGAUUAGAGAAAAACGUAGUCCAUCCCGCAGCUGGUCUCCGAGGAAAAGAGGCAGAAGCAGAUCUCCUUAUAAUAGUAGGAAUAAAAGUCAUGUACAAGAAAUCUGUUAUGAUUUUCGUGCGGGCAAGUGUUAUAGGCCUAAUUGUCGGUACCGUCAUGUACCUGAUAAGAAAGACGAGUCCAGGUGGCGUAAAAACAAACACGAGGUAUCAGAUAGAUUAAAAGACUCAGAUAAAUCAGUGCCUGAGAAAGAUGAGGUCCGUAGAUUCAAUGAAGAUCUUGUGGAACCUCCAGGUCACUCUGCUGACGUGGCAACUGGUCAUGAAACUGAACACCCUGCAACUGAAAUGCCUAUAGGAGGUCCGAUGACUCAGAUUCCAAUUAGUGGACAUUUGUUAAACCAAAUGUCUCAACCCGAACCAAAACCGGUCAAUGAAUACAGUCUCAUGCCACCUGCUACCUUGUGGAACUCUUUUCCGCCACCGCCACCACCGCCACAACCACUAUCACGUCCGCAACUUGGUAGGCCUGUGCCGCCGUAUCAGUUAAAUCCGCCACCUUUUCAAACUAACUAUCCUUUUCAGCCCUUUGUCACACCUUACGGGUCUGAAACCACCGCUCAUCUUGGUGCAUACCCUAUGAACUACCCAAUCCUCCAACAACCUGUGGGUCCCACGGGUAUUAAUCAAGAAAACUUUGCACGAAAUUCAUCACCAAAUUUAGUUUCUUCAAAUACAGUACAAUCUUUCUUGCAAAACCCUGUUGCUGAUAGCGUAUCUGAUUUUGCGCGGUCUAGAAUCUCGAGUCACUACAACCCUUAUGCAUCAACCUUUGAUCAGCCGCUAAGUACAAAGCUCAGUUCUGGUGUUUUUAAUCAAGGUUACGGCGCUUCAACCAAUCAGAACCACACACCUGGCGAGGGGCAAACAGGUAAUUUUGCACACAAUCCACUUACAUCUGGUGGUGAUCAAUAUGAUCCGCUGUUCGAUAGCGUUGAUCCGUCUUCAAACUCGGUGAAGAAAAGUAAUACUAUUGCCGCAAGUGAAGAAAAUGACGGAUUUGGUGAGACUGCAGAUGCUGAGGUGGGUGCGGUGGAAAAUGACAGUCCUAGCCCUAGCUCACCGAUCGAUUUACCCGAUAUGGCCACAGGGGAAGUUGAGAUUGAUCAAGUGAAGAAUAGAAAGAGUAAGGAUUCGAGAUCGAUGAAACUUUUCAAGAUCGCGCUUGCGGAUUUUGUGAAGGAGGUAUUAAAGCCGUCAUGGAGACAGGGUAAUAUGAGUAAAGAGGCGUUUAAGACUAUCGUUAAGAAGACUGUUGAUAAAGUGUCGGGAGCUGUGAAGAAACACCAGAUACCCAAGUCCCAAGCCAAGAUAAAUCAUUACAUUGAUUCUUCUCAAAGAAAGCUCACUAAGCUUGUAAUGGGCUAUGUUGACAAAUAUGUGAAGGUAUAGUAAAGACGAUGAUUUGCAGUUGCAAGUGCGGAAUGGAUAUGAAUAUGAUCAGAACUAUGGGAGUCGAAUCACAAUGAGUAUAUCUGAUGGAUGAUGAUGUUGGGUACGGUCUUCAACAUACUAGUAUGAAUUCCCAUAAACAAGUAAUGUAUCUGCUUGUGUUGUUUCACGGAUGCCGUUAUGCUUUGUUAUACAUAUGCUUAUACAUGGCAAAUAAUUGUAAAAUGUCUUUUCAAUUGCUGUGAAAGUUCAAUAUUGAUAGGGAGCGAGGCUGGAGCUCUGCUCGUUUUGCUUAACAAGUUGAGCUCGAGCUUAGCUUGUUAAAAAGUUUCCAAA